AUGUCAGAUGGAUUAGACGGUUUCUCUUCAGAUGAAGAUGAUGAUUUAAUUUUACAGUUGAGCACUAAACCCCCAAAAAGUGGGACACAGCUAGAGGAAUCACAAGUUGAGACGGUGGGUGGCCCCACGCAGCAACCGUCUCAAAUGGAUCAAAAUACAGUAGAUCAAUUGAGUAAAGCUCACGGCGAAGCCAGUAUGCUUAGGGACAAGAUUGCACUUUUGAACAAAGAAAGAGAUCGUGAAAGGCUGCAACAAGAACAUUUAAAAAAAGAAUUGGAGAUCUUGCAUUCCCGGCAAAUAGAUCAAUUGAAAUUGGAACUGCAAAAUGUGGAAGAUGAAAAGAAAUUUCUGGCAAUGGAAGUACGGAAAUCUUCAUCAAGUGCUAAAACUUCGCAGAUGAUAUCGACACCUUCUAAGGCGGAUGACCAAGCUACGAUUAAAAAGCGGAAAAUAGAACUAUCGGAAUCAAGGAAAAAUUACGUUCAAUUAAAUCUGAAUAGGAUUCCAUUUGAUGAAACGGCAUCAUUUUACGAUUUUUUAGUGACUCACAAGGCCGUAGGCUCCGAUAUCACUACUGUAGAAAUCCUCAACAGGUUGAGACUAGAUUACAUUCAUGAAUUUCGAUUUAAAAAUUUGAUUAUACCAAAGGGCGAUUCACUGGGGCAACCAUUAAUGAAAUUAAUUCUGCGAUGGAAAAAAGAUAUGACACUCGAUAAGUUUAUCGAUACAUUAUUAGAACAUUUAGCCGCGCUCAUCAAAGAAAUUACUUCCCAUAAAAUGGAAUCAAAAAUAGCGGUACCAUUCCUGGUGACUUUGAUGUAUCAAUCGGUUGUCUUUCGACCAAGUGCAGUUCACACUUUAGCGCUUAGAGAUCUAUUACUAUUCACUUGUGAUUUGAUCAGAGCUUAUCAACACGUUUUGAAACAGCCCUUACACGAUUCACUUCUAGAGAUUCAUGUGGAACCACAAAUUUUCCAAUACGAAAUGAUUGAUAAUUUAGUGAUACUUUAUUCUUUUGAUGUUUUAGAAGCGACUCUAGGGAACCUACGGUAUCAAUCAUCAGAGAUGUACGAAAAGGUUUUAGAUAAAUCGACGUUAAAAUUAUUGGAACAGGUUUACAAAUUAGCAUUGACCAUAUCAUAUAAGCCGGUUAUCAAUGUCAUCUUCAAUACGAUUGAAAUACUUAACAUUUUAUCGGGUAUCAAUUUGCAAAGUAACCUAAUAAGUGCAGAAUGGUGGAGAGAUUGUAUAGCGAGACUCUACAUCAUUCUAUCCAAACCCAUUAAAAAUUACGAUAUGUUUGCACCGAAUGAUACUAAUAAUUUACAUUUCUCUGUGUUCCACGAUUGCUUCAGUCUCAAGAGAAAUAUAGGUACCAAUCAAGUGGGUAAACUCAUUCCAAAGAUGAUCCGUAGAGAUAAAUUACAAGGCAUGCCGCGGAUUAUUUCCAAAGAAGAUCUCAUAGACACAGUCAACGAUCCUCAAAUAAAUUUAGAACUUGAACGGUGGCUGCUAAGACUAAAAAUGGAUAUCUUAAACAUCUUUGAUAAUUUAUUAAUUGUUUACCCAAGCAUUGGUGAUGGUGAAAUGUUAAUUCAACUAACUAAACUCAUUUCUUGUGAACAAGAAUUGAUGAUUGACAGAUGUGUCGGGCAGGACUCGACGAAUCUCGAUUAUCAUUCUCGUACUAUUGAACGCUUACUUACAUUAAUGUACACAUUAUGGACUCGUCAUCAAUCUUUUUUGAAAUCAGAGCAGGUCAAAGAAGUGGAAAGUGAAUUGGUAAUGGCGCUAUGGAGAAUCAUCGAACCCAGAGACCAUAAAGAAGAUUCAAUGGAUUUAAGGGACAGCGGACGUCUUGUCAAUUACUUCCAAGAAUUAAGCUUAAAAGAUCAAGUAACUUGCUUCGAUGACGCCCUUGAAGACAUGCCGGCCUACGUGGAAAGAGAACUAAAAACAGAACUAAAUGAUAGUACCGCCAAGACGAUGCAAGUACGUUAUGAUGACAUGUAUCAGGAGAUGGCUCGUAGCAUUUUAGAAUCAAAGCUGGAAGCCCUCACCUCUGUCGAUGAUAUCGACUCUUUAUAUCUCGCCAUGGGCGUCUAA